CGUUAUCGUCGGUAUAACAGGUUUUCUAACCUCCAACACGUCGCUAAUCUAACCUAACUUCCGACAACUCUCUGCCAUAAAACUCUUUUCCCAGUGACGAGUGAUAAUAUUAACACUCAGAACCCUCUUCUACGCGUAAAAACUAAUAGACUGAGUAUAUUUUUUAUUACAAUUAAAGGCGGAUAUAAACAGAGUUUUAGAAAAAUGGUAAGCGACUUGAGAUCGACGUGUUCCUUCUGCUGUUGGUAUCCGAUAUUCAAAGAAGAUUCCUUGAAGGCCACGAUUGUUUACGUUACGAAUGACGUUUUGAAAUACUUACAACACGACAAGUUUGUGUUGCCGCUUGAGACAAUACAGUCAUUGCCAAAGAGCUCGCAAUGGAGCGAUGGUUUACCAGUAACCAGUGAGGGUGAGGAGGCUGACUAUCAACCGACAUUUCCUAAAUUCAGUCAAGAAAUACAGGAUGUACUGGAUGAAUACAAAGCAGUAUUCGUCAAAAGCAACUGGAGCUCACCUAUGGAUGCAACAUGGAUUACUCCGACAAAAACUCUCAAAUGUAAGACAUUAGAAGAAGUCUACCUGCUGCUGAAGAGUUCCGAUAGGAUUGCUAAAGACUUGAACACCGCAAGGUCUCUGCGAGAGAGUCAGGAGAGUCCUUUGUCGUUCUGCUUGGUGUUAAAGCAGUGGCAGGACAUCGACCCGUGCACAGAAUUCCGCUGCUUUGUCAUGGACAAUGAGCUAAUUGCUAUAAGUCAAAGAGACAUAUCGCAGUACCACAAGUCCUAUGAGUCAGAAAAAUAUAGUAUACAGACAGACAUCGAGAGUUUCUUUUUGGGGCGCAUCAAAGGCAGAUUUCCGCUGCGUAACUAUUCCUUCGACGUCGUUCGACGUAAGGAAGAUCACGUGAAAAUAGUGGACUUCGGCCCGAUCGACGAAACGUUUACGAGGGGAACGCUAUUCACAUUCGAGGAGUUACAGGAGCACAAGAACGGUACGCCGGAAUUUCGAUUUAUCGGGGAGAAGAUGGGCAUUCAACCGAAGCAAUCCACGCACUUUUGCAUUCCAUAUGAGAUCAAUGAAUUUUUCCGGUCGGGCGACCGGAACGUCUCAUUGUUGAAUAUCAUUCAGAGGGAAGUGGAAAGUCAACGAAAUGAGACAGAGAGCGAAAAUGCCGACGCUCAGGAAAAUGUCUGAUGCACAUGCAACGGAGAAAAACGCUUCUCAACAUGCAUACGAGUAGCAGUCGGGAUUUCCUCACACACGUCUACGAUGGAUCAAACUCAAAAGGGGGAAUGAAAAUUCUCGCGUCGACAUCCGACUGUAUUAUCCACGAGAGAUUGAUGUUUGGAAUGAGCUAAUAAAUACACGCUCACUUACUUGCAACGAUCCGCUCGUUAAUUUCCAUACACAUUAUAGUUUAUCUCUCCCUUAGAACCUGCAUUGCAAAUCGAACUCAAUUAUGCCGAUGAAUGAUGAAAGGAGCAUCGAGAUCGAACUUGUUCAAGCUAUUUUUGCCCGCGACAAAUCAUCCGAAUCUUCGACUCGACAUUCUUCUCUGCAAAAAGUGACGAAUUUAAGAAAUUUACCUGCAACUUCCGGGAAUAUCGCAAAUUUGUCGAAAAAAUUUACGCUAAUGGAUGAUGCGUAUCGUGUAUUUGUGUGUGUGUGUGUGUAUAGAACGUAUGCGUGUGUGUGUGUGUGUGAAUGAACGUACACCGACAGAAUGUUUAAAUACAGAACUUUCACUUUUA